AUGCAGCCAUCGGAGGUGAAUCAGUUUCUGAUUACGCUCACAAUUGUUGUUGCUAGCAUCGCCUUCUUACUCAUUUUGUAUUCAUACUGCCAUUACAAAUGUGGUUUUUGUCGACGAAAACAUAAACGUGCAGCAAAUUUGCCUGAAGUUCGUAUCACUAUGCACAACGAUGCCAAAACACCAUUGUCGAUGGAUUGCCCGGAUAUUGAUUUUAUCGAUUCACGGAAUACGAACGUCAUCUCUUCAACAGUGCGAGUGACAUCAGUCCACAAUGCACCACAUCAGCUAUGA